GGUUGGGCUUGGCAGUGGCAUGCGGAGGCUGAACGUAAGGUGGACAGGGAGGUGCUGAAGAGGUUUCUGAGAUAUAGGCUUUGCCUCGAGGAGGCCGAGAUCAGAUUCUGAAGUGAUUUUGACUGCUGAAGACACCUUUGGUUGAAUAUUUGGUGGAAGGUCUCAACAUCUCUUUAAAAUGGCAGGGUUCCUGGACAAUUUUCGCUGGCCGGAAUUUGAAUGUAUUGAUUGGGGAGAAAGCAGAAAUACCAUUGCAUCUAUAGUUGCUGGAGUGUUGUUCUUCACAGGUUGGUGGAUAAUCAUAGAUGCUGCAGUUGUUUACCCAACAAAUAAAGACAUGAACCAUGCUUUUCACACAUGUGGCGUUAUGUCAACUAUAGCUUUCUUCAUGAUCAAUGCUGUGUCUAAUGGGCAGGUCCGAGGUGAUGGAUACAGUGAAGGCUGCUUGGGAAGGACAGGUGCAAGAAUCUGGCUUUUCAUUGGCUUCAUGUUGAUGUUUGGAUCUCUCAUAGCUUCUAUGUGGAUCCUAUUUGGGGCAUACGUUGUACCAAAGGCUAACGUUUAUCCAGGCCUGGCUGUUUUCUUUCAGAAUGCACUAAUAUUUUUUAGCAGCCUGAUCUAUAAAUUUGGGAGAACAGAGGAACUUUGGGCAUAAAAGCUGUUCCAUUUCAGCACUGAGAUGACUCAGGAUGUUCUGCACUUAAACAGAACCUACAAAUACACAUUGCUUUGUACUUUUUGGCCAAACAGUAAUUUAAGUAAUCUUAGUAAUAUCUACAAAAUAAUUCUUGGAAAAACUCAUUGCAUUUUACCAACAUGUAAGCUUAGAAAUUCACACCCUUGUUGCUGGGCUAAACACUAAAGUCAUACAGCCAAUGCAUUGUAAUGUGGCAAAGUUCACUCCAUUGGAAUAAAUCAUACAAUACUGAGAUGCUACAAUGCAACAUAUUUGUUGGGUGUAAAUUUCUAGUGCUUAAUUUUGUAGUUUGAUAACCAUGUUUGAAACUUUUAAUGAGUCAUGUUAACAGUGAAUGAUGCACUGUUUGAGCUGAUAACUGUAAUAUGACUGCUACUUGAGUCCAUUGAAGAAAACGUGGAUGUUUUAUUAUUAUUGCUGCUUUUCAGUCUUAAAAAGAAAUCUGCACCCCUAAGCAUUGUAAACUUUGGAUUUAGACUAAAUAUUUGUAGAAAAGAAUGCCUAUUGUAUUGUUUUAAAUUUUAACAGCCAUAAAGGCAAUACUGAUCCAGAAUGUUUGCUCCAAAUUUUAUUACUGUCUGAAGAGAGAAUGCCACUAUUAAGUAUCAGCUUUACUUUUAUUUGCUCAUGAGAAUAUUUAUGAAAUAAACCUUGUGUUAUA